CCCGCGGUUCCGUCCCCUUCCCCGGGCCUGGCCUCGCGCGCGUGCACGGCAGAGCUCGUCCCCGACAAGGUGAGAAGAAACAUCAGAAGCAGUUGAGGGACCAGGAAGUGGGUCCUCUAGGGAAGAAGAGGCAUUCUGCUGGAAGCUCAACUUAAAUAUCUCCAAUGGCUAAUGAAGCUCAUCCCUGUCCCUGCGACAUUGGCCAUAGGCUUGACUAUGGAGGGAUGGGACGUGAAGUUCAGGUCGAGCACAUAAAGGCAUAUGUCACCAAAUCCCCCGUCGACACAGGCAAAGCUGUGAUUGUCAUUCAAGAUAUAUUCGGCUGGCAAUUGCCUAAUACCAGGUAUAUGGCUGACAUGAUCGCUGGAAAUGGAUACACAACCAUCGUUCCAGACUUCUUUGUAGGGCAGGAGCCAUGGCACCCCUCUGAUGACAAGUCCACCAUCCUCGAGUGGUUGAAAACGAGAGAUGCCAGAAAGAUUGAUAAAGAGGUUGAUGCUGUCUUGAAGUAUCUGAAACAACAGUGUCAUGCCCAGAAAAUUGGUGUCGUGGGAUUCUGCUGGGGUGGAGUUGCUGUCCAUCAUGUGAUGAUGAAAUACUCAGAAUUCAGGGCAGGGGUGUCCGUCUACGGCAUCGUCAAGGAUUCUGAAGACAUUCACAGUUUAAAGAACCCCACACUGUUCAUUUUUGCCGAAAACGAUGCUGUGAUUCCACUCGAGCAAGUCGCUAUGCUGACGCAGAAGUUGAAAGCACACUGCAAAGUUGAGUAUCAAAUUAAAACAUUUUCCGGGCAAACUCACGGGUUUGUGCAUCGCAAGAGAGAAGAUUGUUCACCUGCAGACAAGCCCUAUAUUGACGAGGCAAGAAGGAAUUUAAUCGAGUGGCUGAACAAGUACAUUUAGCAGUAAUCAGAUGCAAAGUGUCUCAAAAAAGCCUUCAUCCGAAAGUUUGCUUUGAAAUACUUAGAUCAUUUGAUUUAAUUUUCACUUUGUAAGACAGAUGGAGGAAUCCUGACAUUCAUUAUUUCAUCUGAAACACAAAUUCAGUAGGAAAUGUGAAUGUAUAAAAUGAUUGAAUUUUUAAUAUGCACAUCAAAUAAAAUGUAAAAAAUAGGAAGAAUUAAAUGAUGAAGGCAUACCCUCAUUAUUAGUAAAAGUCUAGGGCUACUCAGGGACCAGCUGACAGCUCAGGUGUGGCCUUUCUGGUCUUUAAUUGAACAAAUCCUUUAAAGUGACUGGUGCGGCAAAGCCAUGAACACGAACUGUAAACUGGGGUCGAUGAAGAGCCCAACUUAAUUAGACAUUUAUCUUUGUCUUAAGAGAGCUGAAUUUGUCACAUUCAUAUAUUGCAAUAUGAGAAGUAUUCAGAUUAAAAUCGGGUUUCAGUGAUCUAAUUGUAGCACACCAAUAAACUAAUUUUUUGAAUUUU